UUUUUAAUAUAAAGCUUGAUACAGUAGGCAUUAAAUAAACAAGGUAAUGAUAUGGUGGCAGAAGGUGAUACUCCAUCAGUUACUGGUAUUUCACCUGCUGAAGGUCCUCCUGGUACAAUUGUCAAGAUAAGAGGAGAGAAUCUUGGCAUAAAUGCAAAAGAUGUUAUUGGGAUUUUCAUAUGCAAUAUUAACUGCACAUAUACUGCUGAAUGGCAACAUUCACGUCUAAUACACUGCCGAACUGGGAUGGGGAUGGGAAUAGGUGAUAUAAUUGUUUUUACAAAGUCAGGAGGCAAAGGAACUUGUCUUGUGAAAUUCAGAGGAUUUAUGCCACGAGUUGGUUUGUUAACUGAAGCUGCAGUUUGGGUUGACGAGUCUAAAUUGUUUGAAGAAAAGCCUACUACUCUUUCAAAUCCUCAUGCAUAUACAACCAACACUGUGCAUACAGAUCCUUUAGGUGUUGCUCCUGAAGAGACAGGAGCUGUGCUUUCUGCUGACAAAAUGGAAGAGUGGUAUCCAGGGUUAUCAAGCAAUCCAUUGUCUGAAAACUUCCAUCCUGCCAGAUUUUUGUUAGAAAGACACCUCGACACAAGUUUUGAAGCUCUUAAAAGUGGAUACUAUCAUUUACAAUCUAAAGAUACGCGCACUAGUGUUGGUCCUUCUUCAUUUGUUCGUGGGAAUUUAACAACUAUCCUUGAAGCUUUACAGACAUUAGUUGAAGUACAGCGGGUAAUGACAGCUGAUAAUAGAGCUUCACCUGGUGAUAAUAUAUGUGCAGAACUGCAAGGAGUUGUUGGAAGUUGUGACGUGGCUUCAAACAGUCUAUUUAAAGAUAUUCUUGCACGAAAAGAUGAAGCCGAUGCAAAACGAAAUGUUUUAAAUAUACUACAUAGAUUUCGCUUUUUGUUUAAUCUUCAAAGGAGUAUUGAAAAAAACAUACAGCAGGGAGAAUAUGAAAUUUUGAUUAGUGAUUAUAACAGAGCUAAAGCGCUAUUCCAAAACACACAAGUGAAAUCAUUUCAAAAAGCAUUGGCUGAAGUUGACAAGAAAGUUGCAACCUUCUCACAAAAUUUAAAACACAAACUUUUUGAUUUUCCUACACCCAUUGAAGAGCAAAAGAAAAUUAUCAGGUAUUUAAAUGACCUUGAUUAUCCUGGCAAUGCUGGUCUAGAGUGUAUCAAUAAACAGGCUUUGUGGAUCAAAUCAAUGCUGCUUGACUGUCAACUUGAGCAUCAAAACCAUGAAAAAGCAAGUCAAUCCGAGAUUCGACCUUCUGAAUCUUCAAUAAAAUCACACAAAAAGAAUAGUAGUGAUGUCACUGAACUUUUUUUAAAAAAUUCUAGAAAUCAACUUCCAGAAUGUUUAAAAAGAAUACAUUCUGUUUCAACUUAUGAAGCUCCUCACACUAUUUUGAUGGUGGAAGAACUAUGUGAACUUACAUCACGACAUGUAUCUGAUUUUUGGAACUUGGGUCAAGCAUAUUUAAGUAACCAAUUAGGAGAAAAGGUAAAAAAUGUUGAAAAAUCAAAGUUAGAAAAAGAAAAGUUCCAGGAGACUGUCAAAGAUGUUAUUAUAGUGUUUUGUGAAAUGGUGUAUUCAGUUUUACUUCCAGACAAUGAUUUAGAAGCGAAUGGAAAAGUGUUUAAGUUUGUUCUUUUAAUUCCAUGGUUACCUAGUACCUUGCAAGCAGUAAAAUCAACAUUAGAUCGCUUGACUAAACUCGGUCUAACUUCAGAUAUAAUUACACCUUUAAACAACCUAACUUCUACACUUAUAUCUGAAUGUAUAAGGAAAAUUCUUUCGAUAGCUAUCCAAGAUAUCAAUGAACUAUAUAAGCGUGAGCUUUGGGACUUGGAUUCUAGUGAAGAAUGUUAUGGUACAUCAAAACUGCCAGCAAUGUUUGAAAAAAUUUCUACAGAAACCUUGCAGUUUGUACAUGAGUUUAUGAUAGAUACAAAGAUUGAGGGAGAUAACAAUAUGUUGCCAAAAGAAAUUUCUGCUCUGCUGAAAAAAAUGUUUGAGGGUUAUAUUUUGUCACUUGAAAAAUCUGUUUACCCUGAUUUAAAUAACAGCGAAGAACAACUUUGUAUCCAGACCCCUGAUGGUUCAGACUCAAUGAAAAAGUUAUCUAAAGACAUGCAGUUAUUAGUUGUCCUUAGCAACUGUGAACACUCAAAAAUGUUGAUGUUACCUCGUGUUUUAUCACUCUGUCUUAAAUAUGGUCAUGUUGAAAUGGAACAUUUGAGAGAGGAAAUUAUGAUAGCAAUUGAUAAACUUGACGAGAGAGUUUUUAAUGCAUAUAUUGAAUCCAAAUCUAAUACUCUAAUUAAUGCUAUUGAAGAAGGAAUGUUUGUUUCUGAGUUUUCUUACGAUGGUUUGCUGCCAGUUACAGGGGUACGCCAUUACAUUAAAGAUAUUAUCAUGAAACUUAUUACUGUUCAUUAUGAGGUGUCUACUAUUUCAUCAAUUUUUGUACAGCGUGUCUUCAAUAUUUUGAUAGAAAAAGUUUGUUCUGAAGUGAAGCGUGUGUUUUUAACAGUUAAAAAGUUUUCUGAAUAUGGUAGUAUACUCGGCAAUCUAGAGUUAAAUGCAAUUAAAAUUGUUUUUGGAAAUUACAUUAACCAGUUUGCUGGAAACUGUAUAGAAAAAGCCAUACAAGUGGUUCCUACUAUCGAAUCAGCAAAAAGUCAAAUAGAUUCUCUUCUUUACAAAUUUAAAGCUUCUAUGCAUUAUCAAAUCUCAAUAUUUGGAAGCCCUGAAGAUUCGACCAGUUCAGAGGCAUACGCUGUUCCUAACACUAGGAGAAUCUCUGUAGGAGCGAGAAGCAGAGUAUUGAGUGCAGGAGAACGUUCUUUGGCUAAUGUUAAACAAAAAAAAAUUAUAAACUCUCGUGCUUCUCCUUUAUCAACAAGUGAAGCUGCUGAUAAUAAAGCGAAGCCACUUUUUAUGAAAACCGAUCUUCAAAGUAUUUCCUCUACUACCGAAGCUGAAAGUUCCUCUGUGACUAAUGACGAAUCUGCGUCAUCUAGUUUAUCUAAAAAAACAAAACGCCAAGCACCGGCUCCGCCAUCAAUUCUAGUGGACGAUAAAAAAGUUUUGACUAAAUCAAAAUCUUCGUCAAAUCCUUUCACCAACUCACUAAAUCCGUUUAGUGAUGAUAGUGGAAACCCAUUUAUAGAUGAUAUCGAGUCUUCAAACAGCCAAAUUUCAACAAACCCCUUUUUUUCCGAUGAUUAGUUGUCAGCCAUUAACUAAUAAACAGUUUAAUAAAUUAUAAAUAAUAAUACUCUUUCAUUUACAUACAUACAUACAUACAUACAUACAUACAUACAUACAUACACACGCGCGAUUGUUUUUUUAUCUUAAAAUGUAAAAAAUAUUUU